CCCGGGUAUACGAAGGCUUAUUUAUUGCACCUCUCUCGAACAAACUAUACGCGUCAUUAUCGCCAGAAACGUGCUCGACUAACUUCUCCUCCAGUAAUUCAAAACAAGUUUUUGGUUUGGUGCUUUCACUAUCUACAGUCUGAAGCUUGACCUGACCAAUCACCAAUUUGUUCGCAUUUCAAAGUCUUGUAAAUGUCCUUAUCAUGGACACACGUCUGCUACUGCAGGCAAAUUGCGACAGACUCUUAGAACAAUAUGAAGCUAAUAUGAAGGUCGUUCGAGAGCUUCAGUCUACUCUAAUUGAAGAUGUGCUUCCGUCGCUUGCAGACGAACUCGCCCUAGACUCAGAGCAGAUAGCUUGGGCGAAUCAAUACCUGGAAGAUAGUCAAACCAUAUUCCAACUAUUGCGACGUGAAAAUUUUACUAGGUCGUUUGCGAUGGAAUCUAUUCGUAAAAAUUUAUUAUGGCGUUUCAAGAAACUAUGGCCUCCGGAGCCGGAACUUCCUCUGACGAGAGUGUAUUUUCUUCCUGCUGACGUCCGAGAUCCCUUUGGGCGGCCAAUCAUCAUCAUUCAGGCCAUAGGCUUCAAGAAUUCCUCGGACACUUACAUUCCGCUGCUCAUUCGUGCAAUGGAACAGUUCAGGCUUCGAUUAAAGACCUUGAACGACACGUCUGAUCAAGGGUUUCCUGUUCUCCAAUAUAUUGUUUUGUUCGACGUCAAGGAUCUUUCGGUGCAGAAUUUGAGUGUUGAUUUAAUUUCUUGGGUACUCCGAGACCUGGUCCCGCGGUUCCCUGGCAUGCUUGCAGCAGUUUUCAUUGUCAAUUCGUCGUGGGCGCAUUCGGGAAUGUGGAAUAUAGCCAAGCGUGUACUCCCUGCCUCUGCCGUUUCACGAGUGUUCUUCUCUUCUCCGAAAGAGCUAGUGGCUUUCUUCACACCUGCUUCCUUACCGAAGGAUUACGGGGGAAGCAUACCGCCUUUGUAUUCCCUGGCUAGUAGACCUGCUACUCCGGGAAGUGCUUCAUCUUCUCCCGAGCUCACCAAAUUGCACAGUGACAUAGGCGCUUCGACCAGCCUGAGUCCUGCCCACAUUUCACCAACUUCAUUGCUCAAUCCGUUCUUUGGUUAUCCUGCUUCAAUGGCUAGGGGUUCUCCGUUGUUGCAACAUGGACGUCGCCGAAAACGGGAUCUCCUUCACACAUUGGCCGUCCUUUUUUGGUUACGCUGGCGACGGCUGAUUACUACAUGUCUAUGGCUAAUCCCGUUGGUAUUAGCAGGAAGACUGUGGUUCCGCAAAUGGCUACUUUUGUCCCCUUCAGGUGCAUUUCUAUUGAGGAAUUGGUGGGAGUCGUUGACAAUGUAGCCAACAUCUGCCAGGCACCACCUUCGUGUUUUGGUACACUAAAUGUAAAUUACUGGCGAUAUUUAUAAUUAUCUGAUUUCAUUCUGCCUAUUUGGGUUGCAUUUACCAGAGCUAAGUUUGAGGUUCAUGGACCAUGCUCCCUGCGAGGGGCUAUUUGGAUAGUGUGGA